AUGGCGAUUCCGGAUGAGCCUGAUAGUGGCUCAUUCAUUUUGCAGGGGCAUGGCAAGUUGGGGCCAAUAGUGGGAGCUUCCGAUGUGAGAAUCGGAGUCGUCUCCACACUUCGGGAUGUCCAGGAUCAGCUUCUGCACUGGUUGGAAUGGUUCAGGCUGAUUGGCUUUGCGCACAUGUUUUUGUAUUUUGACGAUCCCGAGCACGAUGAGGCAGCGAUUCAGGACUGCACGGCAACAUAUUCCGGGGACUUCCUGAGCUGUGCCCGGAAUGGCCAGCAACUGCAAGAAGAGUGGCAGAACCUCAGGAUGCCCGCCGGUGACACUGCAUCCUUCAUGUUGUUGCAGCACUCUUCAACAGAGUCGCUGCAAAGGGUGCUUUGUUUCGGGGACAGUACUCGAAACUCUUUCAGCUGUUGCAGUGGCCUUUGCCACGCCUACUUUGUUGCAACCAUGGGAGGUGCAAGCUCCUACAUUGCGAUGCUCUGCAUCGCGGGUUUCCUGGGUGCCACAUGGACAGCAUCGAAAGUGUCCAGGUUGCUCGGUGUCUCUGACAUCGUUCUGGUAAUCACCACCGGCGUGAUCUUGGGACCAGAUAUCCUGGGCCUUGUCGCCAAAGAGUACUCCGUGUGCUCCGAAGCUAGGCAUGCAGACUGCAGCACCAUCGAGGACGUGACAUACAAGAUGGCGAACAACAUGCCACUCGGACAGGCCCUGGGAAGGAUCCAAAACAUGGAUGCUUGCGAUCCCGCAGAUUACCACCACGAUGAUCACGGAAGUAUCGGUGACGGACACGGACAUGGAGAGGAUGCUUCCCAUGGCACAAUGCCGGGUGCAACCAACGAAACCCAUGGUGGAGAACAUGCAGCAGAUGGCGGUCACGCAGCAGAUGGUCCUGCGCACGAGCACUCUGCAGAAAACCACUCUGCAGGGGGCGGCCACUCCACAGCGGGCGAUCACUCCACAUCAGGUGAGCACUCGACACACGGCGAUCACUCUGAUCACUCCACGAGUGGUGCGCACUCAGAAGGUCACAGCAGCCCAGCUGACCAUAGCGGCGGGGAGCAUGGUGCAGCUGCAGAUCAUGACGCCCACCAGGUCUCACACGGCUCAGGGCACCGGCGCUUGUCUGGUGGUGGCAGUUACACGUCUUACGAGGAAUGCCUUGUGAAAACAUGCGACGCGGAUAUCUCGCAUGAGUGCCAGCUGACCCCUGACGUGUUCACAUUGAUCGGGCACGCAGGUGUGGCAUUGAUGAUCUUUGAGAGUGGAAUGCAUUUCGAUUUCGAGAAGGCGAAGGUCGUCGGCCCCAAGGCAUGUGUUGUUGCAGUCAUCGGAACAGUUCUGCCACUUGUCUCUGGUGCUGCUUUGACUAUGCUUUAUGGCAAACCGUUCUUCCCACAUGGCAUCUCAGCUGGAACGGCACUUGCGCCAACGAGUGUCGGCAUUGCUCUCCGACUACUUGGGGAAGCGGGCGUCUUGCAAGAGAACUUCGGGCAGGCGAUCAUCACAGCAGCCUUUGUGGAUGACAUUCUGUCCCUGGUUCUCUUCAACGUUCUCUUUUCGCUCGGGGGCGAGUUCGACGUCAUGGCUGUGGUAGUCAAUCCUUGCAUUGGCGUGGCGGUCAUGCUCUUCGCAAUGUACCUUGCCAUGAAGUUUUGGCCGAAGUUCAUCAACGAGUGGCUGCUUCCGAAAGUGCCGGUCAAGGAGGGUGCCAAGGUACCUCAAACUGAUGAGGUGCUCUUUCUGUUGAUGAUUUUCCUUCUAAUUGGAUAUGGUACCAUCACCUACUUCCUGGGAACACAUUUGUGGGGCUGCUUCAUCGCAGGCAUGUCCUUUGCAUGCCUCAACCCCCCGCAUCAUGCUCACCAUGUUUGGGUCAAGCAGACAAAGCGAGUGACAUCCUGGAUGAUCAGAAUCUUUUUUGCAUGCACCGUCGCCUUCUCCAUCCCGAUUUCGAAGCUCCUGUCAGUGGAAGCGAUCUGGAAAGGUGCCAUCAUGGGCAUCGGCCCUUGCAUUAUCACGAAGGUCUGCUGCGCGCCCUUCAUGGGCGAGGCGCGAUGGGUCAUUGGCUGGGCCAUGGUCGGUCGAGCCGAGUUCGCAUACCUGAUUGCACAAAUGGCCGCAGCUGCCAACAUGCUGGACAAGGACAUGUUCUCCAUCGUCAUCUGGGCUCUGCUAUGGGCAACCAUUUUCGCUCCGUUCAUUUUCCGCUACGUGUUGAAUCGCUAUGUUCGAGCUCAAGGUUUGGGAGACAGAGAACCAAAUCCCGGAUAUGGGGAGGAUGAGGAUGGGUAUUCUAUUUCGGAGCCACCUUCAGAGAAGGGAGACCUGGCAUCCGACCAAGACUACAAGAUGAAGGUUGAAGAGUUGAACAAGGUAGCUCCUGCAGAGGCCUCGGCGCCCUCGGGAGCACGAAGCUCCGAAGCUCGAUGCUGUGGUGCCUUCAGCAAGAGCGUGGUCUGA